AAAUGAAUAGGCAAGAGUCGAAAUAUGAAAGCAACGACCGGGAAAAGUCCAGGAAUCCUAGCAAAGGAAGGGUGAAUACUGGGUCGUAUAUAUUUCCACAUCAUAAGAGUACGAGUUCGCUCUCUGCAGUUGGAUUGAGCAAACUUACAAACUCGAAGAGCAUCUCAACUUUAUCUCCAACCAUGAACUGUUUUACUAAGUUACAAACCUUAAAGCAGUUCGGGAAGAGUAAUAAGUUGUUUGGUAAAGGAUCUUCCAAGGGCAGAUUCAUUUCAAAGAGAAAAAGUGGGAAAUCAAAGAACGUAUCUAAAGGUCCUGAAGAAAGUAGAUAUAAAAGUAGCAAAAACAAGACAAGCAAUGAAAGAUUGGGGUUCAAGGUUAUAUCAAAGAAUAACUUUCUGGAAAAUAACGCUGAUAUUCCCCACAAUAGUUCACUUGAAGAGUAUAAUAUGAAAGGCAAAAUGUCUGCUAAAAAGGCUGGAGGACAUCGAAGGAAGACUGUAAAGAACACUACAUUAACCAUGGCUCAUCACCUAUCUCACUUUGAAGACAGAAGCACUUCACCGGUCUUGAAGAAGUCGAAGUACACUAAGGAUAAACUCAAGAAAUUGACAACACAUUUAGGGACAGGUUCCUCAAGAAAUAACGCAAGUAAAGGGAUCCUUAGCAAUGGAUCUAUACCUAAAACAUAUAAAAGAAGCUCUAAAGAUUUCCAAAAAUUAGAAGAAAAGAAGAAAAUGAAAUCGACUCUGGACUAUCGAUCCAACCGUCGAUCAUCUAAUAAAACAGAGAUUGAGAUUAAAGGAAGUCUUGGGCAGCCCUCUGACUUUGGAAUAUGUCAUACUACAACAAAUAAGGAUAGUUUAAAGAAGAAGAGUUUUGAUAAAUCUUCUAAAGUAAAGAUGAUGCAUAUGAACAACACAAAUCAUCUUGUCUCAAGGAAGAAUAAUAGAUGUGCUGUUGAAAAGAUCUUAAACUCAGGUAGGAAGAAAGGCAGCUCCAAAAUCCAGCAGUACAAGAACUUUAAUGCUUUCCUACCUGGUGACUGAAAUGACCAGCUUUCGACCACAACUGAUCGGAUUGAAACCAAUAGAACCAUGCGUAACCGGGUUAAUAAGAAUGCAGAGAGUAAUCGAGAGAACCAAGAAAAGAAAGUACUUCACCAGAUAGAGGAAACUCUUGAAAUGGAAUAUAAGUUUUAUCAAGUAAAAACAAAAUCUAAGGACCAGACCUUAGAGAAGGUACCUGAGAUGCUUCUUAGAGAGGCCUCUGAUGAAACUAUCAAAAAGUUAUGUAAAGUCUAUCCUCAUUUCUCAAAAGUGUUGCACAAGAUCCGGGAUUGCUACAACAACUGUAUCAAGACAGCCAUUUCAGAUUUUGAAGGAAAAGCUAAGGAGAUAAAGAAAUGGAAGAAAGAAGCAACUGAGCUGAAUCAAAAAUUAAUUCAUCUCUCAGAAGAAUGAGAUGCCAAAGAUAAAUAAAAUCAUUGAUCUUUCCAAAGAAGUCACUAAGCUCAAGAGAUCACAGAAGGAAAGUGAUUUGAACAUCAGAGAGCUCAAGAAAUACGCUCAAGAAAUGGAAAAGAAGGCUAACUCAAUGUUUGGCAAAUACGAUCAGGAGAAGGUCCUUAAGGAGAUCAAAGAAGUAAUCAAAGAGAACGAAGAUGUUAAAUGCAUUGCAAGAGAGCUCAAGAGCGAGAUUGAAUAUGGGAAGCAAAGAGAGAACAAACUUAUGUACUUCCUAUUUCUAAUGCAGCAGAAAUAACUAUCCAGUGUUUGAUAUUUUUGAAGAUCACAUAAAGGAUCUUCCUACAUCAAGAUUUUCUACAAAUCUUGAUGACAAAUUCAAGGAGAUUUAUAUUGAACAGAAGAAGAAAAUGAAGGAAAUGGGCUUGAUUGGAGACUUUGACUUCGCUUGCACUGAAAGAGCCCAUAAGCUAGAUAAAUUAGAUAAACAAACUGAUAUGUCAUUAUUUAGUGAAGAAAGUUACCUACCUAUUAAUGAAGGCCCAGCACCUAUGAAAGAUAAACCGAGAAAUGUCCCAGCUCUUGAUUUUAAUUUGAUGAACCAAAAUCUAGCGAAGGAGAGGAAGAAAAUGAAGGAGGCUGAACUCAAGAAGAAGUUGGGUGGCUCUGAUCCUGGAAAACUGAACCUAAGUGAAGGAAAUUCCUCUGUACUAAUUGAUAUGAUUGAUCAAGUUAAUCAUAAUAAAUAUGGAAAAGAAAUGGAAUACAUGAAAGAGCAAGAAUAUAAACAGAUGAUGGAAAAACAGCCUCCAGAGGAAUCUGACUGCCGGCUCAAUAGUGAAGGAGAAAGUAGUCCUUGAAGUUGAUCCUACUGUAUGAGAGAGAAAGGAAGUAAAGGAGGACUUGAAGAAUUAAUCAAUAUGAAUGCUUUUGAGCCUGAUUCUGAGAACACUCAGAGCUUCCAUAGCUCUAUUCUACUUGAAAACAAAGGAGAGAAAUUUGAAAAUAUUCGAGAGCUUCGUAGGCUAUAUGAAGUGAUGAAAUCUUCAGAUGAACCUUAAGUUAUCAUUAAUAUUCUUCACUAAAAUCCCAAAAACAGUUAAAACAACCCUAAUUUAUCACUUUAUUAAAUCCAACCAUCCCAUA